AUGGCCCACCACGUAGAAAAGAACGACCCGGAAGCUAUGGAACGUGGUAGCAGCAAUAGCAACGGCAACCGCCUGGACGUGAUCCACUCAGAAGAUCACUUUCGAGAGAUCCUCACCAAGACCAUGACAACAUCGCCAGAGCUGUUCGAGAAGUUGUACCUCAACCCGAAGCGAGAAGUUCCCGGUGAUCUGCGCAAGAGAUUCGCCAACCCUACACCUUUGGGCAUCAUGGGCUUCUCAGUCGCUGUGUUUCCAUUGUCAAUUGAGCUGAUGGGCUGGCGCGGCGCAGGAGGUUUCGCUUCGGCCACAAAUGCCUGCAGCAUCUGGUUCGGUGGACUCCUCCUGUUCUUUGCCGGUCUAGGUGAAUUUCUCCUGGGCAACGACUUUUCCUUCUUAGUCUUCAUGGGUUACGGUGCCCACAUCUUGACCUUUGCCACCACAUUCGUCCCAUCUUUCAACGCCGUUGCCUUUUAUUCGGAUGGCGAUCCAGACAAGGCCACAGCGGGAUUUGCAGCUAGCUUUGGCUACUAUCCCAUCGCCCUCGGAAUUCUGUCGCUCAUCUUCUUGUUGGGAGCACUUCGUACCAACCUGAUCUUCGUGCUCAUCUUUGUGUCUGCCACAACCGGAUUUGGUUUCGCGGCAGCUGCAUUGUUCUACACCGCCGAAGGCAAAGCGGACAUCGCGGCUACAUGUCUUGUUGCAACCGGUGCAGGGUUCUUUGCGGCGGAUAUCUUGGGCUGGUAUCUCUUCCUGGGCAUGAUAAUCGAUACUAUGGAGCUCCCGCUCCCGAGCCCGCCAGUCUUCGACCUCACCAACGUCAUCAAGCCCAAGAAGAAGCUGGAGUAG